CGGCGCUUGUUCUCUCCUCUCCUUCUCCUUCUCCUUCUCCUCCUCCCUCCCUUUUCCCGCCCCGCCUUCUCCAGGCGACCGUGACGUCUCCUUCCCGCGGCGCGCCUCUUCCCUCUACAUAGCUCGCGCCGUCUCCGUCGCUUCUUUCUUCCUCGGUUUGCUCCUCGGUCUUCCUUCCCCUCUCCCUCUUCUCUGUCUCUAUCGCUUCUUUCUUCCUGGGUUUCCCCCUCCUCGGUAUUCCUUGCCUCCCCCUCUUCUCUUUGCUCUCUGCCUCUAUCCUCCUCCUCCUCCUGCCGCCUCCCAUCCCUGCUCCCCGUUUUUCCCGCUGUCUGCUCUUCUUCUCUGUGGGUUCCCGAGGUCCAUGCCCACUCCUCGUUCGCCUUCCGCCAUCUCUCCAGCUUUCAGCGUUGCCAUUUUUGCCAUCCCUGUGCAAGAGAGACGGGGUUGAUUCUUCAUUCAGUACAGCAGAACUGCGGCAGGGAGAUGCAGAUUCGACAUUCUUGACCUCUGCUUCCCGCUCUUACUCGUAUGCGCGCCGCCGCCGCGUUUCCAGGAAGCUGGAUGUUUUACCACCAUUCGCGGGCAAUGGCAGGGUUCAUCAUCAGAUGAAAGGCGGUAAGGAGAAAAGAGAGGCGAUGUUUGGACAUGAGAGGUGUGAGGACAUGGAGGAGGGGAAGAGAGGAGCAGACUGGAGAGGAGAGAGAGUAGCAGAUGGGUGUGGAGAGACAGGGAGAAAGACGGGAACAGGAAAUAGGCGAGCAGAGAGAUAAGUGUAUAGAUGAUAUAAUGACAAGAGGAUAGAAGAUAUUGCGAGAUGGAAUAAAGAAGAGACGAGAGAAGCAGACAGUCGAGGGGGUACGACGAGAAAAAAGAAGGGGAUAAAGGGAUAAGACGGAAAGACAGACGGGAACGGAGACGAGUGAGCGGAGCUAUCGAGUCGGGAUUAUAUGGCGAGAAGGCGGAGUGUGACGCUGGAAUGGAGGAGGGGAUUGAAUGGGUGACGUAUUCGGGAGUUUUGGCCUGAACCUAAAGUAGAAGCAACUGGAAGAGGGAGAGAGCGAGAAGAAGUCGUUGUUGGUGGGUGAUGGAAUCGUUGUUGGAUGGGAAGUUGAGUGUCUUGGCAGAGUGACAGUUAUUGAGGAAAAGAGAAGGCAGGAUAAACAGGAGGAAGCCGAGAGAAGAAGAACAAAGAAGAAGAAGAACAAGAAGAAGAAGAGGAGGAAGUAGAAGGAGAAGAAGAGGAAGGAGCAGUAGAAUAAGGGCAUAUCACAGAGACGUUCGCCUCGAUCUGGUGGUCCGCAUGUUCACGUGCAUCCAGCAAAAUCCCUAUGUGAGCAUUGUUAAGCCUAAUGAAAACCAGGAAUAGGGGGUAAACAUAGGAGGAGCAGGGGGAGGGAGAGAAUAAUAUAGGAGGAUGUACAUCAGGGAAGAGGAAGAGAAGGAAGAAGAGUGGAGUUAGUGGCAGAAGGAGGUGGCGACUGAGGAGGAAAAGAGGAAGGAGAGCGAAGUAGUUAUUGGUAAUGAGAUUGUCGCAGUAGUUGGCCAAGAAUUAAGAAUCGGAAUCGGAAUCUAAAUCAGAAGUAGAAGAAGGAAGGGGGCGGGGGAGGGGGGGGGGGGGGGGGGGGGGGGGGGGGGGGGGGGGGGGGGGGGGGGGGGGGGGGAGGAGAGGAGGAGGGAUAACACGAGGGGGAGCAGAGGGGGGGCUAUAGGAGAAGUGGUAAGGAGAAGUGAAGACAGGUCCUUAUGGCCACUAGCGUGGGGGGGCGAUCGGGUGUUUUCACCCCGCCAGCAGGUGCGGUGAUUGUUGACUUGGAUUCAGACGAUGAUGAAGAGGUUCGAGAAGUGGGGCCGGAGAACUGGACAGAACAGCAAACGCGACGGCUAUCUCUGCCACUGGCGUCAGAAAGGGAAGGGACAAGAUCGCGGGUGUCCCCUUCUCCCUACCACGCGGUCGACCAACAAGCUUCGCAGCAUUGGGAGACAAUAAGCGCGUCUAAUGGCGGGAGAAGGUCGCGGCUAUUAGCCUCCCCCUCCCCAUCAGCUCCUCUAUCACCGCCGCGGAGGGGAGUGGUUUCGAGCUCUCCGACCUGUAUGGAGCGCCACGUGUCCGACGGGGGGGGGCUUCAUUCUGAAGUACUGUCAUCGCGUGUUCGCUCUUGCCGCGGCUUCGCAGCAGAUUCCCCACGUCUUCCAGUCCCUGUCAGAGGAGAACCGAACGAGACAACCGGUCUCGUUAGCCCUCGCGCCACGUGUCCGACGGAGAUACAUUUAUUUUGUCUCCCCUUCUCGGCUUCUCCCUUUCCCUCUCCUCCCCGUCCUCUCCCCGCUCUUCCUUCCACUACCCUUGCCCUUGCGCUUUGUAAUGGCUCCAGUGAUUCCCCAUCUACAUCUAGCUGUCGUCAACGUCAAGAAGGCUCAUCUGAAGGUGAUGGUGAACGAGGGGGGGGUGAGGAGGAGGAGGCGGGAGGGCGCGAGCAGGAGGCGGAGGAGGGAGGGCGCGGGCAGGAGGCGGAGGAAGGAGGGCGCGAGCAGGAGGAGGGUGUCGGCGGGGACGCCGAGAAUGAUCAUGGUGGGGGUCAAUCAUCGGAGCAUGAUGACAUGGACUUGGUGGAGAUCGAAGAAGAGGAUUGGCGUCGUAGUUCAAAGAGGGCUAAGAGUGGGGGUGCAGUGGUGAUUGAGGAGGGAAAGAGAGAAAGGAGGGGGUUAUCCAUAUCUCCUCCUCUGAGUCGGGCGCUGUCGCCGCAUCCUGUUCGCGUUCGAGCCCGGCCUUUGCGCAAUGGUCAGCAGCGACCGGAGGAGGGCGAGCGAGACUCUCCUCACCCCUCUGGCUGUGUGCGACCACCUCCCCGAGGGAGUGCUUCCGCCGCCACUCCGCGCAGCAGUUAUCAGCGCCUGAUGGCGCUUGCGCAUCACAGGCCACGUCAGCCUGUCGGUUCUCCACGUCGCUUGGGUGGUAAAGGUCAUGUUACGAUCACCUACCUGUCUGACGGCGAGGAUCGGGGGGCUCAAUAUUAUUCAGGAAAAGAAUGCCCUUCUUCAUCCUCGCCCUCGCCGGGCGCUUCGCUGCGGUGUUUGGCCCGCGAAGAAGACGACGCUGGGCCGAGCGAUGACACUCUUCCUGCUGCUCAUUCUCUUUCCUCCACGUAUCAUGCUAGCGGAGGCACAUCGGCGGCGCACCGUGGCUAUGGAGGCAGCGAGGCCAUGCCAACUGCGCCACGGCGCACGAAGCACGCGGGCGUGCAUUCGCCGUCCGCGGCUAAGAGGGCGGUACUCGUCGGGGAUGACUCGGAAGGCAAGCGCGAUCGUGAGAAAGGGGUGGAAGUGAUGGGUCGGGAUGACGAUCCUGAAGAGAGAUCGAGGGAAAGAGGAGGGGAAGAGGAUGCAGAGCGCAGGACGGUGGCGGGUAAUGGGGUGGAGCAGGGAGGGAGGGCGGAGAGGCCGGGAAACAGAAAGUGGGGCAAGCGGAAGCUGCGCCGCGAAGGCUUAGUCUUGCGCAGGAGCCCGAGGGUCGAGCUGCAGAUGGGGCUGGCAGCUAAAGCAGCAGCAGAAGACACGAGAGCUGCUGCGUCGGGGCGCGCGUGCGCGAGCGAGAUGUCUCCGCCUGGCGGGGAAAACGGGCGCAGCGGCGGCGGGGAUGGCAAUCACGUGCACCUGAUCAAACGCUCGUCCGUGAACGCAAAUGAGCUCGUUCGGCACUGGGAGGGGGGGCGUGUGCUUGAUCUUACCCGUCUGGAUGAAUCGGAGGCUCGACGCUUCGUCAAGCAGACUCUGAGGCAUUUCAACGCCUUGUUCCUGCGCUUCAGCCAGAUGGAAGCUUCCCGUCCUGACCUCAAGGCCUUUUCCGAGAUGAGACAUAUCGGUGCCGUUGUCAAUCGCAAUCCAAAGGGGCCCAUAGUUGGUCCCGUGCCAGGUGUCAAACCGGGCGAUCGCUUCUACGCUCGAUGCGAGAUGUGCGUGGUGGGUUUGCACCCCAAUUGGAUGAAUGGGAUCGGGACUGGAGUCGUGCGGAUCACCAAUCAGCAAGGAGUCCAGGACGAUGUGACAUUAGCCCUGGCUGUUGUUAUGUCGGGAGGAUACGAGGACGAUCUGGACAAUGGAGAGGAACUUGUAUAUACCGGGGAGGGUGGCAAUGAUAUCACGGGCGGAAGGUGCCAGCUCAAGGACCAGGAUCCGAAUUCCAAGGGCAACAAGGGGUUGAGGAACAGCAUGGAGCUGAGGAAGCCGGUGCGACUGGUUCGCGGUCAUAGCUCGCCCAACACUUUCACCAAGCGCGUGUACACCUACGAUGGUCUGUACGAGGUCGUGUCCACGUGGGAAGAAGUCGGGAUCUCAGGCUUCAGAGUCAUCAAGUUCAAGUUGCACCGGCUUCCGGCACAGCCUCCUCUGACAACGGACCUGGUCGAGUUCAAGCCGAAGAGUGUCAAGUUCACCCCAGCAGGCGUGGUCUGCGAAGACAUCGCCGACGGUCUCGAGCGGAGGAAGAUCGUGGCUGUAAAUACCUUCGAUGACCCCCCUGUCCCUCCCCCCCCCUUCCAAUACAUCACCAAGAGGAUCGAGUUGGCAGGACUGGUGCCCCACGUGCGGCAGAAGGGCUGCAGUUGUAAGGACAAGUGCACCAACGCGGAGCUGUGCGAGUGUGCUAGGAAGAACGGCGGAACCUUUCCCUAUGUCAAGAUUGGAGGCCCGAGGCUGGUGAAGGCGAGGAGUGUGGUGUACGAGUGCGGGCCCAAUUGCUCCUGUGGGCCCGAGUGCUUGAACCGGACCACGCAGCAGGGGUUGCAGUUCCGAUUCGAGGUGUUCAAGACGGAAAACAAAGGCUGGGGCUUGCGGUCCUGGGACUCCAUUCCUGCGGGGUCGUUUGUGUGCGAGUACGCAGGGCGUGUGCUCAAGGACACGGAUGGGGAGAAAGUGGAUUGUGACGAGUACCUAUUUGAUCUGGAUCUUCUGAGGAUAAUGAAGUACUCGGCGCAAAGCAGGUGGGGCGACGUUCCCACGAUAGAUGAGACGGACGAGCAUGCGGCCAAGCUGCUUUCAGAUCGCUAUGACGACAAUGUGGACUUCUGCAUGGAUGCAUCCAAGGUGGGAAACGUAUCACGCUUCGCAAACCACAGUUGCUCUCCCAACAUGUUCGUUCAGUGCGUCCUCCACGACCACCAUGAUCUCGAGCUUCCGCACAUCUGCCUGUUUGCCGGCGAACAUAUCCCAGCUUUGCACGAGCUCACGUAUGACUAUGCCUACGAAGUGAACAGCGUCCUUCAACCCGAUGGCACACACCGGCACCGCAAUUGCUACUGCGGAGCACCAGAUUGCAGAGGCGUUCUCUAUUAGUGUUCUUUUUUCCCUACCGCCCCCCCCCCCCCCCCCCCCCCCCCCCCCCCCCCCGCUCUCUCUCUCUGUCCCCCCCAACCCCUUUCUGUGUCUGUGGUCUUGUUUGUGUAUGCUACUAUGCACCCGCGUAUCGGCGGGCGCGUCCUUCCGGAUGACAUCGAUUUCAGUAGUCAGUGAGUGAGUGGGCAGGUAGGACAAAUACAGGGGGCUCCCCUUUUUUUUUUCUGUUCAGCGUGAGUUUGUCACGUCGCUGUCUCUCGUUCGUUUCACCAUCCCCCGCCCGACACAGCAAGGGCCGGCUCGCUAUCGCCAGGAUGGAUAGCUAGCUUUGGAACUGGUGAGCGAUGCCUACCACCGUAGCACACUUCCCCUCUGUGCCCCCGUGGGCUGGGUGCUGAUUUAAGCUAUCGAGUCCUUAGGCUGUUUUUGGACGACUGAGUCUCCUUUUUUCUUUUUCUUUGCACCGUGCCCUUUUUUGUUUCUUUGGGUGGGACGAGGGACUCCUUUUACUUUACCCACAGAUUAUGAAUCAGAAAAAGUACAUGUUGUCGACCAAGCCACUUGAUGUUAUCGCAACUUAUCCGUGAAUAUUUUUCCGAGGCGAAGUCCUCCCUGUUGUAGUGACCUUCAAGCCAGCUACGAGAAUGUAGGACCUGUACGAUAUUUCACCUGCCACCUCCUGUCAUUUUGGAGGCUAGAUUCCACAAACAGUCAUUAGACUGACUUACACGCAUCAGUGGUUGCUUGCGACAAGUAGGUUGUGUCGGAAGUCCCCUCUCCCUGUCUGUGUUUUGUAUCCACUAAACACAACUCCACAAAGGAAGUGGUGACCGCGACAGCUUUCGUAUGUGUGUUUGUGCCUGUGUCUGUGUGGUCUGUCUGUUCUCCACGUCUUUGGGAUCGUCUUAAGCUCCUCUCGAACCCCAUCCCUUUGUAAAAAGUUGUGUGUGCCACAGUACUUUGUUUCAAAUGUAGUUGCAAUAGCAAUUCUGUGAUUUCGCCGUGUCGAAGGAUCUGUGGAUGGGUAGAUGAUGCCUGGUGGUUGGGGUUAUGUUGCCCAUACAGCACCGGUUUUGGGGUUCAGCGACCCUACGUAAAUCCCCAAUCUGAAUGAUUGACGGGUUAAUGAGGGCUGAGCCCAUCAACUAGAUGCCAUUAGGUUUUGGUGGUCUGGAGUGUUGUGGGAAGUCGUGAACUAACUCGGCUUGGAGAACAUCUCGUCUCCUAGGAAGCUGCAGGCAAGAGGGUUUCAAAACGCCGACUGCGAUGUACUUCAGCAUCAGACAAGUUGGGAUUGCACUGACUUUGCUGCAGGCAAGUGGAGAUUUCUUGCAGGCAGGAGGAGAUUUCUUCCAAUGGAAAAUAAGGGUCCUCCUUAGCAGCAGACUAUCUGGCUGGUUUGCAUGAAAUUCAAUUUUGUUUGUGAGCGCUGCUGGCAAUUUGGAACCCUCCCUGCACAGAUUGCCCAGUCAGGUCAAGCUCCCUUCUGGUGUCACCUCAUACUCUAAGAGCAUAGCAUAC